UGAAAAAAGUGCAGGAAGUGAGGAGGAGGGGGUAGAGAGCUAAGUAUGGUAUUUUUUGCUUCCCCUUUAAGCGAAUGGUAAAGCUACACCGAGAUUCCUAGAAUGCUCUAACUAAUAAGCUUUGCUCCAUCAGAGGAAAGGAGAUACCAAACCUUGCUCCUCAUCCUCACCUACACCUCCCCUCCCCUUUAUGCCCAACCCAAACCCAAACCCAAACCCAAACCCAACAAGGAGAAGAGGCCACCUCCUCCUCCCGCCUUAAGCUAAGCCUCCUGCAGCCAAUCCCGGCCGGAUGCGGUUGCCCCUGCCCGCAAAGCGAUCCCAAGAAGAAGAGGAGAGCAGUCAGAGGGGGGGAGGGAUCGAUGCAACGGCGCAGCUCGGAGCGCGGCCGGCAGGGGCUGGUGUGGGCGGCGCUGAUCGUCUGCUCCGUGCUGGCGGUGCUGGUCAUCAUCACGGGCGUGGUGGUGUUCGCCGUCUACCUGAUCUACCAGCCCAAGAUGCCCUACCUCCACGUGCCGGCGGCGCACCUGGGCCGGCUGGACUACGACCAGUCCGGCACGCUCGGCGUCGAGAUGGUCCUCAUCAUGGUCGCCGAGAACGACAACCGCGCGGCCGCCGCGGGCUUCUCGGACGUGGCCUUCACGCUCAGCUUCCACGGGAUCGACGUCGCGCUGCUGCGCGCCGGCCCGUUCGAGGUGCCGCGGAACAGCUCGUUGCCGCUGCAGUACGACGCGCGGGCGGGGCCGGUGCCGCUCGACGCCGACGCCAUGGCGGCCAUGGACGCCGCGCUCAAGGCCGGCCUCGUGCCGUUCGACCUCGCCGGCCAGGCCCGCACGCGCUGGCGGGUCGGCCUCUUCCUCUCCGUCCGCUUCUGGACCCACCUCUCCUGCCGGCUCUCCUUCUUCUGGCCCAACGGCACCGCCCUCCACCCCAACUGCACCUCCCGCGCGCACUGAGUUAGCCCAACCCACAAUUUAUUUCCCAAUUUCUUCUCCUCUAAAGACUCCUUAUUAAUUAGAUUCUUCUUUUUCCCUUCUUCUUCUUCUUAUCAUUUCUCUCUCUCUCUCUCUCUCUCUCUCUCUCUCUCUCUCUUUUUCUUUCCUUUUCCGGUCUAUUAUUAUUGUUUUAUUUUAUUUUGGAUACCGAUAAACUGAAGUAAGUAAUUGAUUCUCGUGUACUGUAAAGAUGGUAAGGUUGGGAAGAAGAACAAGAAACUAUAGCGUACGUUAAUGAGGUAGCAGAACAGGGGUCCCUCCUGCUUCAUUCAUAUCUCGUCCUUACAAUUCUUACUUCUACCGAAUUUUUUUUCUUCUUCUUCUUUUUGUUAUUAUAUUGUAUUGUUAUUGAUGGGGUGGGGUGAUAGAUUAGAGUGAUAGCAAAUUAAGAAGGACCCUUUAAUUUCUUCUUUUA